GCCGCAUGAAGUCGAACAAGCCUAACAGCUGUUAAGCACGUGUAGGCGCUGUGUAGAUGUCAAGGCACGUUUAUUUAAAAUAUGACAAUGUUAAUGAACAGAAGUAUAUAAUGAUUGAAAUUAAAAAAUAAAACCAUUCGGCCUCAUCAUAUUUAAAAAGUGUCAAAACUAUUGUCUUGUCAAUUUUCACAUUUAUAAAUGCAAUUAGUCAAAUUAAUAUUUCGUUGACAAUACUUUCUGGCAACUUACAACGCACAAACGUCAUGUUAAAAAAUAUAAAAAAAUCUGACCUAGCCGCAUGUAAUUAAUAACACAAAAUGUGCAGAAAUACUGCAAUACUUAAAGUAAUACAUAAAAAAUACGUGGAAAGCCAAAGAUCCACACAAUCACAGCCACUUCGUUCGAACUCUGCGCAAACUUGCACAGCUCCAAUAGUUUGUAGUGAUGCACGCGCGACGUGUCUUAAGAUGCAGUUACCUCGACAAAAGUAAACGAGACAAAUUCGGAGGAACCACAAUAUAUUUGCUAUUACAUCUCAUGUGACAACGGAAAAGUACAGUUCAUGACAUCAGCAUAAAGAUGACAUUUGAGUCGCUUCUCGUGAAAGAGCUCCAGAAACAGCAGAGCAAGGCAGAGUUUUGCGACAUUGUGCUGCAGAGUCAAGGCGUGUCUGUGCCGGUGCACAGCUGUGUGUUAUCUGCCUUUAGCCCUUGGCUCUGUGGUGCUCUGUCAGCCAUGCCAUCACUGACUGGGCAGAAGCGACUGAUUGAGGUCCAGGCCAUAGAAUCCUGCACACUGCUUAGUCUGGUCACUCUAAUGUACUCAGGUCAGUUAAACGAUGACAAAAAAGAAGUCCUCUCAGCAGCCUGCAAACUCGGCAUCAACAUACCUCAGCAAGUCACUACAGAGAAUGAAGCAGAGAGAGCGGCAACUGAACCAAAGUCAGUGGAGAGAGAGUGUCAGACCGAAGUUCUACUCACAGCAUCUCUAACGGUCCCCCUCUGAAUGUCCACAUACUGAGGAGACCGUCAAAACCGUAAACGUGACUGGCCUGUCAUCGUGGAGAUCAGACCAAGGGCUCGGCUCAUACGUCGGUGCCUCUGAUAUCACCCUGGCAACACUCCAGAAUGUCCAGGGUAUUCCAGAGAAGUUGCCUUCUUUUCAACUCAUGAAUGUGGUCCCCGAAACCUCUGUGUAUCCCACAGUGAGUGCACCUGCCUGUGUGCCACAGCAUUACGAAAUUCCUCCUGAAAGCUUAUCUGCCCCGAUGCCACCCCAUCCUCUUUCUUCAUACGGUACCUGCGUUGGGCCAUUGGCCAUUCAGGGCCAGUCAGCAGUGGAGGGCGUUUCACAGGGUCAGGAAUAUGAUUUAGGAUUAGAGCAGUUUGAGAACAAUAUCCCUGGUUUUAUCAGCUACUUCCUUAAUGCAAACAGUACUCAGGGUGCAGAGCAAAGGGCGCAAAGUCAGAGAGGGAUGAGAGGAGACAACAAAACCAGAGGAAGGCCGAAAGGGGUGAGACAGGCGAGCGUGCGGGGAGAUUGUGCUGCAGGGUGGGAGGGAUGGAAUAUUAGGAAAACAAAUCAACAUAUGCAUAGGUUUGGAAGAGCGGCACAGUCAGUCUGGAUUGGGCAAGGUGGGGGUAGGGUUGGCAGGACGCUAGACACCAGACAGGUUUUGAAGCAUCAAGGGAGACUUAAUCGGAGACAAGGCAGAGGAGCCAUUUACAGAGAGGAAGGAGAGAGAGGCAGGUCUUCAUCAAGGGCCAGAUCCAGAAAGAGACAGGCAGAGAGAGUCGUAGAGCCAGUGUGUCAGGACAAAGCUCCGUCUGUUAGGCGAACAAGAGGUCGUCCCCGCAAACGUCCGUUGCCUCUCCCAAACGCUGCCCACAGUGAGAUAUCAGCAUCUGUGCAGAAAGCUACAAACCCUUCAGCUUCAUUCCUGAUGCACACCGCUCCUCUCCCAGCAUCCAAUCCGACAGACCUCGCUCAGCCAAUGGACUGGCUUAUAGAUGAUGUCAUUGCACAACUCCCUUUUAUGCCCCCCAUUACUUCAGACAUUCAAAACAAUCAGGAUGGCUUAAUGAGUACGGCAACUUUAGAUUCUCAUCCACAAACGCAGACCACAGUAAAGCUUACUGAUAUUGAUGUUGCGCAACCACAGCCCGAAGGUGAGCUUACAGACAUACUUGAUAGUUUUCUGAGAACAUUUGAUCAACACAUUGGCGCGUGUGACGGGAUGCCAGACGGGUCACGUAGCAGCGUAACGGAUGCAGAUCAACAGAUACCCACAUCCAAUACACUUACAAGAAAUGACUCUUGUUACCCAUCCCGGACUUCUUUUACGAACACGACAACACCACAAGGCCCAACAUCGACAUUACUCAAGGACAGGCCACAAGUCUCCGUCUGCAGACCACGAAAACCACCAUUUAAAAAAUUAAAAGGAUGCAAAAGUGUAAAGUCUGAAACUUGUAGGAUGACCAGAAGCCAGAGCAGGAAAAGGGAGCUGGAAAACCCUCAAGAUAUGCGCUGGAGAGAUGAGCUUCCAGCCAAAAGGAGGAGACGAAAGAAACAAGAAAUAAAGAAAGGUGAAAUUUCACCUCAAAAUGAGAAGAAAACGCAGCUGCAUAGUGAGACCAGUCGCAAGAUUGACUCAAAUUGCAAUGUUGCAAGCGCAUUGAGGAAAGUAAUGACCCUGCCUAGUGCCCGCAGAGUGAAAUGUUGUGCGCCGUCGACAAAGAACAAACCGGAUGGGUCACGAUCUUCAGACUUGUGUGGUCACGAAGAAUCUUGGCUUGUUAAAAAGCAGGCAUGUCACACCAAGAGAGAUGGUCUGUCGAAGAUGGAUCAAAGUAUGGCAUCAGUGAGCUCACAAUCCGACCAAUUGGUCACGAACACGUUCACUGGGUCCCAUCCAGAGACGGCUCUUUCUGCUUUUGAAUUAAUGAAAAACCUCUUGGAGAACCAGAGAAAUAGAGAAGAAGAGCAAAAUAAACACGAUCACAGGAGGUGGACUGCAAAAAGAUGGAGAGAAAAAGGAAAAUUUAAGCUAAGACGAGGUGCCAAGAAGACACGACCUUGCGACCAGACCACUUCACCUCAGAAUGCUUUGGUUAAAGGUGAAGAAGAGAGACCCAUCAAGAACAACUACAACAAACCAGCUGAUACUGAUGAUGACCCCUGUUCUAUUUCUCUUUCUCCAAGUACUCUUUCAGAGUCCUUAGACAGUAGUCGUGCAAUGGUACAUAGCAUAGAAGAUGUAACAUUAACAAACAUUACAACCAUGCCUUGUGUCUCGCCUACAAUGGACCCUGCCAUACCUCUCGAAGCCGGACACAUACAGUCCUCCGCAGACAUUUCGGAAGAAGAUGUGGAUGUCGUUGAGAUUUCAAGCUCUUUGUCUGAGACUACCGCUGUGUUUCCGAUCAUUGCUGACAUUGUGCCUAGCACAGAGGAGGAGGAUGAGGAAGAGGCAGAGAUUGAUGUGUUAGACUCUGAUUAGGUGUGUGCUACGUUUUCUUCUUCUUAAUACUGUUUAUCUUUAGAGUUCUAAAAAUUUUGACAAAUUUGAAAUUUCAAAUACUGUGGUUCACUACUGUUUGUUUGGAUAUAAUUUGACCCAAGGGUGGGAUAAGUGGCAGAAUUUGCUGUUUGGAUUUUGGUGGAUUCCGUUUCAGGCGUCGGAAUUUUCAUAAGUUUGAGUUCUGAAUGUUGACGUUGUUUUUUAUUCAAAUCUGUGCUUUGUAAUUUAGAGACUGCUAUUAGUCAAGCACAUUUUCUUGUGUCUUAAGUCAAUGUUUGUAACCAUGUUCAGAAAUAAAAGACAUGGAUCCGACCACUAA